UCUGUGUACUGUUGCUAGCUAAUGGCUAGCUGACUAAUAUUGUAAGUGAAGUUCACAAGCCUUGUCGAAAAUGGAUUGUAAACGUUUUAAACGCGGACGAACACGUUGAAAGAGACAAUAGUCGAUAUCCACGAGUGUGUGAAAAAAGGCUCUACAGAAUGCUCGAUGGAAGUACAUGCGCUAUUUAAUGAGUGCAGACGUCUUUGCUGCCAGUAGACGUUUUAAAGGUGUUGGUCAUUCACAUGAGUUCCAGGGAAGCAGCCAAGAUGGGGGACAUCUUGGCAACAGAAGCAGAUCUUCUUGGGAUGAUCAAGGAGUACCUUACAUUUGUGGAAUUUGAAGAGACUGAGAACAGUUUUGACAAGGAGUGCAAAAGCAAAGGCAAGCUUGUCUCGAAGCCUCAAGGAAAUACUCAGAGAGACUCAAAGACUCGUGGCAUUCAGAAAGACCUCCUAAGCUCUUUUGAUGAUGGAGAUCACAAAGUGUUCUUUGAACUUUGGACACAGAAUAUUCCCUCUGAAAUAAAAGAUACAAACACCGAGGCCCAGAGCCUGGAGUUUUACCUCCACAUCCACUUCACUAUCUAUCCACUGAGGAGGCACCCUGGUAGACACGACCGAGCUGAGUUUGAAGACAGGAUUUCCCAUUUCAAGCAGUACCUGGAGACUCGGGGAGCAACACUGAGCCAGACCACAGAGUUUCUGCCUUACUAUGCAUUGCCCUUCGUUCCCAAGCCUACUGUCCACCCGUCCUUCAAAGAUCUUUUCCAGGAUUCCUGGAUACCACAGUUGAAGGAUAAGCUGGAGUCGUUUGUAUCAGUGACACUGACGCCGUCCAACACCCCAAGGCUGCUGAAUUUAUAUAAGGAGGGAGGAAGGAAUACGAAAGAGGCCGUGCAGCAAUUACAUCUCCAACUCGUGGAAUCGGACCGGCGCAUCAACAGCUACGUGCGGAAGUUCAACAAGAUGCAGGCGGACUAUCACAACCUGAUCGGAAUCACUGCUGAGCUAGUCGACUCAUUGGAGGCCACCGUCAGUGGAAAAAUGAUCUCCCCUGAGUACCUGCAGACUGUGUGUGUUCGCCUGUUCAGCAGCCAGAUGAGGCAGAGUGUGGUGCAGAGCACGGACUUCACCAGACCUGGCACUGGGUAUUACUCUAUGAGUCCCUAUGAUGAUGGCUAUGCCUCCUCAAUGCUACGAGCAUCCAUUGUGCCGCAAAAAUCCAAGGAGGUGCCAAUGCUGCCCUCACUGGACUACGAGAAGCUGAAGAAUGAUCUGGUCGAGGGCUCCAACAGACUCCAGUCCCUGCUGCUUCAGGCGCUGCGCUGGAGACUGACCCGCUCACUCCCUGGGGAACAAAGAGACACAGUACUUCAGGCCUUUAUCAGUAACGACCUGCUGCAACGCUACAGCACAAAACAGAAAACUUUGCUUCACUUAAUGAGAUCGAAGAACAAGAUUGUCCGGCAAUACAUGGCUCGUCUUAUCAAUGCAUUCGCUUCCCUAGCAGAGGGUCGGAUUUACCUCUCCCAAAUCCCCAUUCUUCUAAAACUUCUGACGGAGGCACUCAGGACGGAGGAAAAAGACUCCCUGGCUCGAGAAAAUGUGCUUGUUGCCCUACAGAAGCUCAGCCUCAGGCGGAGCCAGCAGACCGCCAUGAUAGCAGCCAAUCUGAUUGACUGGCUGGUGGAUGAGCUGCAGGACUCAGACUGCCUGAGCGACUACACCCUGGAGUAUUCUGCCGCUCUGCUCAUGAACCUGUGUCUGCGAACAAAAGGAAAAAGGAAGUGUGCAGAGAACGCCAGGCAUGUGCUAAAGGUUCUAACUGACGUCCUUGGACAUGAGAACCACGAGAUUCGACCAUAUGUGAAUGGAGCCCUCUACAGUAUCCUGUGUAUUCCUUCUGUGCGACAGGAAGCCAAAGAGAUGAGUGUGGAGGAGAUUCUCCGCUGCUACAGCAAAGAGGAGAACCCAGACCUCAACAGACAGAUUGAGUUCAUCAUUAAACAGCUGAACUCAGCUGAUGAAGAAGGGCCCGAGUCAGAUGAUGAAGAAGAUGAGGACGACAAUGAUGAAGAUCUAAUGGAGACAGACCUUGAUACAGAAGAAGUUCUCCAACCACAGCCCAGGGAACUGUCUGGGGAGAGUCUGCUCACUACUGAGUACCUGGGAAUUAUGACCAACAUGUCAAAAGGGAAGAGGAAGUCCACCCCUUUGUCCCAACCAAGCGUUGAUGAACCCCUACAACGGCCAGUCACCCCAAGUUCUCAUCGGAAUUACAACGUAGUGGAUUAUCGAUCCGACGGUCAGGGGGAUGAGGGUAACAGGCGCAAGGAAUUCCCCUUCAGCAGACAGAAGAGCGAGGAAGGAAGCCUGCCUCCUUCUCAAUACAACUCCCGACCUCCUACCCGCUCCGGCAGUCGCCCCAGCACUGCCGACUCCCUACGCCACAGUAUCGACUCAGAGUGUGGCCGGCUGUCCCAGGAGUCAGAGGUGGACGGGCUAUACGAAGGGCGAGCCAGAAAGGCCUGUUCCCAGGGGGACCCGAAUGGGCAGUCUGCCAGCCAGCCCAAGAUUCGCCGUACACCUGAAGCAGCAUCCAGCCAGAACGUCAGUGCCCACCGGGCUCGAGGCCACGCUCUGGCACCCCAGUUUUCCCACUCGGAGCCUCAGCAGAGCAACUGGCCCGGCUCCACCAGCUCCACCAGCUCCACAGGAGGAAGGGCCCACAGAGUGGAAGCAGCCAGUCAAACAGGAGGUGAAGAGGGACCUGUCACCAUGAAAUAGUACCAUUGCCCCGGGUGCAGCGGGCUUCCUGUAACAUCAUCCCCCGAAGUUGUGAUCAGGGUCAGGGCAACAGAGAUGGCCGAGGACCAGCAGCAGCAGCAGCAGCAGCAGCAGCAGCAGCAGCAGCAGCAGCAGCAGUCGGGGCUUGAACAAUGCGAAGCCUUGUGGCUCUUCGUCUUUUCUUCCCCCGUUUGGCUUUAGCACAGACUUCUUCUGUAACGUAAUAUAGACAAUAACCACAACCCCCAGUCGUCCAAUCCUGUGCAACUUGUAGCCUUAGUUGGUCCUGAAUUUCUCCACUCUCUCCUCAAGGUGAUAGUUGGCACACCUAAAUAUGUGCCAAGAAGAAGAAAAAGCGUCACAAGAUGCAAGUAAUCUAACUCGGAAGUAUAGCUCUGAGUUGGGGCAGUUCAAGAGAAAAUAUUUGAUCAUUCUGACAAUGUCUUCACAUCAGUAAAGACCUCUUCUUUUUUUUUUUAUGAAUCCAUAAUAUCUGUUUAUAAAUCUGAAUACAAGCUGACGUUUUCAGACUGAAACACAAUAUGGUUUUUCCUGGUUUUGAGUACACAUAAAACGGCAUGAAUGGUUUAGGAUACCUGACAGAACUAGGCAUUAAGAUACAAUGUAUGAUUAUUUGUCUGUGAAUAUCUCGGUGUAUUUUGUUUAAAAUGUCGUAUGGCAAGGACUCUUUUUUCUUCAAAUUGAUUGUACUGAUAUUUAAAAAGGUUAAAGCUAAUUUCUUUCCGUUCUAGCUGAACAGAUCUGUAAUCUUCUGAUUUUCACUACGUACUGUAUAUAUAGAUUUUUGACUGGUUGAAAAUAUCCAUCCCCGCGAAUAAAUCAUUUUACCGGCUUUACAAAUAUGAGACAUUAUCUCUUGUCAGAAUAGCUGCUGUUGUUUAAUUUAUGCUUCAGGAAAUGUUGACAGAAAGACACAGGCCUUGAAUUUUUUUUUUUUUUUUUUGCAUUUAGAAGUGUUUAUUGCGAUUCACAUUCACCAGCAUCCAUACAUCUGACAAAAAUAAAGGUGAAAUGUGUGAACGUCUUAAAUCCAACAUUGUUUCCAUUGUACAUUUGAACUGUUUUCCAUGUGUGGUUAUGUGAAAUAUAUUUAUAUUGAUCGCUGUAUUUUUAUUGGAAUGGAAUUUGAUAGUAAUUGAUUUUGUUACUGUUCAAGUGGUUUUAAAUAUAUGUGCAACAUGUCA